AACGACACAAUCAACCCAUUGAUAUACCUGUCAUCAAAAUGCCAUCUCGAACGACGCGCGACGAGCAGGACCUCGAUGACCCUAACGAGUCACCUCCAGAAAUAAAUCCUUACACUGUCCUCUCAAUCCCCCAGAAUGCAGAUGCAGAUCAGAUCAAAUCCGCCUACCGCAGAGCAGCCCUCAGAUACCACCCUGACAAGGCUCCACCCGCAGACAAGGAGGAAGCUCAUACCAAGUUCCAAGAAAUCGCGUUCGCCUAUGCCAUUCUCUCGGAUGAGCGGCGGCGCAAACGCUACGAUACCACUGGCAAUACCUCCGAGACACUAGACCUCGAAGACGAUGACUUCAACUGGACCGACUUCUACCGUGAACAAUUUGCGAAUGUUGUCACUGAGGACUCGAUCAACAAGUUCGCGAAUGAGUAUAAGGGGAGUGAGGAGGAGAGACAGCAUGUGCUGAAAGCGUAUGGGAAUCGCAAAGGUGCUAUGGCGAGUAUCUACCAGGAGAUCAUGCUAAGUGACAUGUUGGACGACGAGGAACGGUUUCGGGCGAUCAUCGACAGGGCGAUUGAGGACGGGGAGGUGGAGGCGUACAAGAAGUAUACUGACGAGACGGAGAAGGCCAGGGCAAAGCGGAUGGAGCAGGCGAGGAAGAAGAAGGAGCGUGACGCGAAGGAAGCCCAAAAAGCUAUUGAGGAGUCGACAGAUCCCAAGAAGAAGGGUAGGAAGGGAGACGGUGGGAUGGGAGAUCUGGCGGCGUUGAUUCAGCAGAGGCAGAAGGGUCGGGCUGCGAAUUUCCUUGAUGGAUUGGAGGCGAAGUAUGCUGGUGAUGCGGGUGGCAAAGGCAAGAAGAGUGCUAAGCGUGCUGCUGCGAUGGAUGAGCCGCCCGAGGAGGCUUUUGCAAGGAACCGGAAGGCUGGGAAGGGUGAGGAGGCUGUUACUACUGCUGAUUCGAGGCAGAGCAAGCGGUCGAAAAAGGUUUGAUAUUAAUGUGAUCGUUAAGCGUGGCGUUUGGGUCUUCACUAGCGGCAUGGGAAAGAUGUUCAACAAUACAACAUCGUCACGGACUAUGCGGAUGGUGUAUUUCAUCCUGUUGAAUACUGUAGGUUAACCAAGUAAGAUUAGGAUUGCCUUGAACGAAAUUGAUUGUAAAGGGUUCGAAUC